GUUAGACGCUGGUGAAACUGUUCCUUUGUUAGAAGCUGGUGAAACUGUUCGAUUGAGUGCAGAACUUGUUGGUUUAGUUUUGCCAGUUUUAUAGCUAGUAUCAUCUACACAACUACGUUCUGAUGCACCUCUCAUACUACACCUGUGUAGUGAAGAUGCGACCUGGAUAAAUACAGAAAUACAGGGAAAAACACCCACCAAGUGCUGAAGACUGUUCACAGAAACAUAUCUAAUAAUGUCAGCCACUGGCGAUAACAGAGGUCUCAAAUGUGAAGUGUGCACAAAAUAUGUCGUAAGCAAAUCCAAGCUAGAAGCACACAUGCGCGUACAUACCGGCGAGAAACCGUUCAAAUGUGAAGUGUGCACAAAAUAUGUCGCAAGCAAAUCCAAGCUAGAAGCACACAUGCGCGUACAUACCGGCGAGAAACCGUUCAACAGCAUAUGUUCAUUAUUCAUAGCAGUGACAAUCCUUACACAUGUGAAGUAUGCACAAAACGUUUUACAAGCAAUUCCACCUUAAAAGAACAUAUGUUGGUUCAUACCGGUACUGGUGAAAAACCUUUCAAAUGUGACGUGUGCACAAAACGAUUUACAUGGAGUUGGACCUUAAAACAGCAUAUGCUCAUACAUAGCAGUGACAAUCCUUACAAAUGUGAAGUAUGCACAAAACGUUUUACAUCCAAUACCGGCUUUAAAUAUCAUAUGUUGAUUCAUACUGGUGAAAAAUCUUUUGAAUGUGACGUGUGCAUAAAACGUGUUACCAAAGGUACCACUUUAAAACUACAUAUGUUGAAUCACACAGGUGGAAAAUCUUUCAAAUGUGAAGUGUGCGCAGACUAUUUCACAUGCAGUUCCUCAUUGAAGAAUCAUAUGGUCACUCACAGUGAAAAAACAUUCAAAUGCGAAGUGUGCACAAAAUGUUUUAUAAGCAGUGGCAACUUGAAACUGCACAUGUUAAGUGACACUGGUACUAAAAGCUUCAAAUGUGAAGUGUGCACAAAAUGUUACGCAUACAGUUCCAGCUUAAAACAGCAUAUGACUAUUCAUACCGGGGAAGAAGGAUUUCCGUGUGAAGUGUGCACCAAACGUUUUACUCAGAUUGGAAACUUAAAAUAUCAUAUGAUGAUUCAUACUGGCAGAAAACCAUUUGAAUGUGAAGUGUGCACAAGGCAGUUUGCAUGGGCUUGUACCUUGAAAGAACGUAUGUUAAUUCAUACUGGAGAGAAACCUUUCAAAUGUGAAACGUGCAAAAAAUGUUUUAGAUGUAAAUCCCUCUUAAAAAGGCAUAUGGUCAUUCAUAAUAGUGAAAAAGGUUUCAAAUGCGAAGUGUGCACACAAUGUUUUAAACACAGUGAGAGCUUACAGCAACAUAUGUUGAUUCAUACUGGCGAAAGACCUUUCAAAUGUGAAGUGUGCUCAAAACGUUUUGCACAUAGGCUAAGUUUAAAGGGGCAUAUGUUGAUUCAUACUGGUGAAAAACUUUACAAAUGUGAAAUGUGCACAAAAUGCUUUACACAGAAUCCCAGCUUAAAACACCAUACGUUGAGUCAUACUGGUAACUAACUUUAGUAAUGGGAAGUGUGCGCAUAACGUUUUAUUCGCAGGCACAGCAUAAAACGACGUUGAUUCAUACUAAAUGAAUGAAUGAAUGAAUGAAUGUUUAACGACACCCCAGCACGAAAAAUACAUCGGCUAUUGGGUGUCAAACUAUGGUAAUGCAAAUAAAUAAAGUGAUGA